AUUAUCUCGAUCUACACGUGUAUGAUCCAAAGCAAAAAAUUUAUUUCCGUGAGAGAAAAAAACACAAAAAAAAAACAAAAACACAAAAAACAUUUAAUAUAUUAACAAACUUAAAAAACACAGUCCCACAGCUUUCAGUUCUGAAACUCCAAAGUCUCAUUCCAAGCCUCUGUCACUCUGUAGUCUGCACCGCUUUGAUCUCUCCGCCAAACCUCAGACACCCUGUAAAAACCCAUUUGAAUUUAAGCCAUUGUUGUUGUUAGACAGCAUAUUCUGAUCCCCUUUAAUGGGCAAUGCUCCCAACUCGUUUUUCUUUGCUGCUUCAAAUGAAUAGCAUCUGAAUUGGUUUGAUACAUGCUUUCUAUACACUCUGUUUAAAAGGCUUCUUUCAGGGUUGGAUAGAGAAACCUGACAGAUGGGUGCUUAUAUGGUUGGUGUCCUUGUCCCUCUUGUAUUUACUCUUCUACUGAGGAGUUCGAAGAAUGGUAAAAAGCGGGGUGUGCCAGUUGAUGUUGGCGGGGAACCUGGUUAUGCAAUUCGGAACUGUCGGUUUCCUGUACCAGUGGAAAGUGCUUGGGAAGGGAUUACAACUCUUGCCGAGCUUUUUGAGGAAGCAUGCAAGCAACAUUUUGACAGAAGGUUACUGGGAACUCGGAAAUUGAUAUCGCGGGAAAUUGAAAAAUCUGAGGGUGGAAGGUCCUUUGAGAAGCUUCACCUGGGUGAUUAUGAGUGGCUAACUUAUGGCCAAGCCUUUGAAGCUGUCUGUAGUUUUGCUUCUGGCUUGGUGAAACUUGGUCAUGGAAGGGAAGAACGUGUAGCAAUUUUUGCUGAUACAUGCCAGGAGUGGUUUAUUGCACUACAGGGUUGUUUCAGACGUAAUGUCACUGUUGUGACCAUAUAUGCAUCUCUGGGUGAGGAAGCUCUGUGUCAUUCGUUGAAUGAGACUGAAGUUACAACUGUUAUUUGUGGCCAAAAAGAACUGAAGAAAGUAAUAGAUAUUAGCGGGCAACUUGACACAGUGAAACGCAUAAUAAGCAUUGAUGGCGAACUUCCACCAAAUGCAGAGUCUGUUCCUGCUAGUGUUAGCUGGACACUUACAUCCUUUUCUGAUGUUUUAAGGCUUGGUCAACAAAAUUCCGUCGAUCCUGAAUUACCUCUUCCUGCUGAUGUGGCAGUUAUUAUGUAUACUAGCGGCAGUACUGGUCUGCCAAAGGGUGUAAUGAUGACACAUAAGAAUAUUUUGGCUACGGGUUCUGCUGUUUUGACCAUUGUUCCUAAUCUGGGAACCAAAGAUGUUUAUAUGGCAUAUCUACCCCUGGCUCAUAUUCUAGAACUAGCGGCUGAGAAUAUCAUGGCAGCCGUUGGCAUUUCUAUAGGAUAUGGUUCGCCUUUAACUCUUACCGAUACUUCAAAUAAGAUAAAGAAGGGAACCAAAGGGGAUGCGUCCAUGUUAAGGCCAACAUUGAUGGCUUGCGUUCCAGCAAUUUUGGAUCGUGUUCGUGAUGGUGUCCGCAAGAAGGUGGAUGCUACCGGUGGGUUGUCGAAGACUUUGUUUAAUAUGGCGUAUGCCCGUCGGUUGUCUGCUGUAAAUGGCAGUUGGUUUGGGGCUUGGGGCUUGGAGAGGAUUCUCUGGGACUUUCUGGUGUUUCGGAAAGUAAGAGCAAUUUUGGGUGGUCGAGUACGUUUUGUUCUUUCUGGUGGUGCUCCUCUUUCUGCUGAUACUCAGAGAUUUAUCAACAUUUGUCUUGGUGCUCCUAUUGGGCAGGGAUAUGGUCUCACAGAGACCUGUGCCGGGGGGACAUUCAGUGAGGUGGAUGAUGCAUCUGUCGGUAGAGUCGGUGCCCCACUGCCUUGCUCAUAUAUUAAGUUGAUAGAUUGGCCUGAGGGUGGAUAUCUAACAAGUGACUCUCCUAUGGCGCGCGGAGAGAUUGUUGUUGGUGGGCCAAACGUUACAGUUGGAUACUUCAAGAAUGAAGAGAAAACCAAAGAAGUGUACAAGGUUGAUGAGAGAGGCAUGAGGUGGUUCUAUACAGGUGAUAUUGGGCACUUUCAUGCUGAUGGUUGCCUUGAGAUAAUUGAUCGUAAGAAGGACAUAGUAAAACUUCAGCAUGGAGAGUAUGUUUCUUUGGGAAAGGUUGAGGCUGCUUUAAUUGUUAGUCCAUAUGUUGACAACAUAAUGUUGCACGCCGAUCCAUUCCACAGCUUCUGUGUUGCGUUAGUUGUGGCUUCCCAAACUACCGUUGAAGACUGGGCAUCAAAGCAAGGGAUUCAGUGGGUAGACUUUGCAGACUUGUGCCGAAAAGAAGAAACUGUGAAGGAAGUGUCUGGUUCACUUUUAAAGGCUGCAAAGGCUGCACGCCUCGAGAAAUUUGAGAUUCCUGCAAGGAUUAAACUUCUAUCAGAACCCUGGACACCUGAAUCAGGUCUUGUGACUGCGGCUCUAAAAAUCAAGAGAGAGACCAUUAGGAAGGUGUUCUCAGAUGAUCUAGCCAAACUCUAUUCAGAUUCAUGAGUUAGCACAUUUUGAUGACUAUGAGUAUACUAUGUAUCACUAAUUUCUUCUCGGAUUACAUCGCAAAACAAAAAUUGUUGGUUUAUUCAAUUUUGCCGCCUCAACCCUUCUCCUGAACUACCAUAUUAAAUUCUUGUACCACGCGGGCAAAUUGGGAUGGUGGGUAGUAAAUUAUUCUGGGAGUUGAUAAAUUGAGACCAAAUUUUUUUUAAUUACCUACAAUACCCUCAUGUAAGAUUUUAAAGAUUUUAACUUAUUUAUCUUUUUCGUAAUUAUAUCCCUCCUUUUCUUGAUCCA